AGAAGCUUGCGGCUCUUGGAAUAAUUCAAUCGCUCGUACCGUCAAUCGGAACAUGCCCAUGCCGGCCAUUCCGAAUGUGGGAGAUGAACCCGCCACGGCAAUGGACGUCCUCCCACCCAUGCGUAUCAGGUGCGAGGAUGGCUCGUUGCUGGAGGUGGACUCUCUGGAUUUGCCCGAACGCUUGAAGCACGUGCUGUACGAGCUGGAUAUGGACAACACCCGUGUCGUGGACGAAAAGAACCUGGAAGACUCGUUGAGGGUCAUCAAGCACUUGAAGGAGGGCCUGGACUCAGACGGGAGUGGCCACGUGAGCAAUCAGGAAAUGGAAGAUGGCGUGGCACUGCUCUCGAAGUUGAUGAAGGAGAAAACCCUCAAUGCCCAGGAGAUGCCUUACAAGCACCUGCCCGAAUGCAUCCAGGAAGUCAUGCGUGAAUGGGACGCCGAUGGCAGCGGCAUGGUGGGGGUGUCCGAGCUGUCCGCGGCGGCCCAGGCAUACAAGAAGGUUCAGCAGGAGGGGCGCAUGAUGAAGAAAAUCAUCGCCGGCAUGGCCGUCGUGAUCCUGAUCCUCAUGGCUGGAAUGUUCGCUCUUUCUUUGGCGGCCGCAGAGAUGGCCAAGGAGAUGCGUGGAAGUGCUGAUGGCACCAUGGAAUCGUCGAGCGGAGUGACUGUGAAGGUUGCCAGCUCCGAUUUCGAAAUGCGGCCUGAUGGGACCCUCAUCAUCCGGGGCGCCAGCAGCAAUGCCAGCUGCCCCGCGAACACCACGUGCCGGCGCUUGCAGGCGGCCAGCAACGUGCUGCAGGUGGCAUCCUCUGAGACGCCGCGGCGACUGUCUUCUACUUUGCCGGACAUUGCGUUCAAGGAGUUGAAGUCCUUGACACUGAAGGACAACUUGGGCCACUCGUUGAAGGUGAAUAUCAACAGCUUCACCCGGCUCACCUUGAAAUCUUCCAGGUGCGGCUCGGUGAUCCAAUUGGACUGCACCCAGGGGCGCCUCACCCUGGACGACUACGAGAUGACAGCUGACGCCGUGUUCGAGGGCUUUCUGAAGGAUGCCGGCAUGGAGGGCCUCUUUGAGGACGGCCCCGUCUCUGGCUUCGGGCGCCGACUCAGCAGCACCGACGGGAUGCUGGAAGGCUUUUUCAAUAUGCUGGAGGAUGUGGAAUGGGCCUGCGAGUCUGUGAGCCUGCCGAGUCCCAACGACAUCCCGCAGUACUACCACGCGAAGAUCAAGGUGACGCAUUUGCACAACAAGCCUGGAAAGGCCUACUCCAAGUACUUCCAGGACCCCGCGGAUGGAACCUACACCAUGCUGGCAGGCACUAAGAUGAUUGACGGCAAGGUGUACAAGACCUGGACUGAAGAGUUGGUGAAGUCGGCGGGUGUCACUGCGUACCUCAGUGAAUAUGCCAUGCACCCCUUCCAGCGAGAGCUGCGGUUGAAGAAGGGCGGCAUUCAGGCGCGCAUCGAGGCCAUGGGCUCCGUGGGCUAUCGCUGCUUCAUGGAGGCGCCUCAGCAGUCCGCGAUCUCCGCCGCGGGUGCGGCCAGCACUCCGCCGACCAUGGAGUUCCGCGGGGUGGUGGUGGAGAACGGCACCGUGCUGCGCCAGUGGAGGCUGGACCCCAUGGGAGACAUGGAGAAUUCUGGCAACCUGGACUCUGCGGAGACCACCAUUGCCAUGAUGGAGGCAGGAAUGAUUCCCAACCGCGUGGACUACUACGACGUGGACACCGACCCCACUGGGCGAUUCGCUUCAGGCCAGCCAUAUCGCAUCCACAUGUACUCCACGGUCUCGGGCUCAAAGGUGGACACGGUGAAGCAGUACGAAUCCAUCACGGCGCUGCCCUCUGUCUUCGAAGUGUCAGGGAUGCUUGACUUUUUCAACGUUUCCAAGCUGGACACUGAAUGCAAAUUCGCGAAGGAGUUGGCGGCGGGAAAUUCCUCCAACGCCACAAAUACGAGCCAGCUUGACUUUGAGCACGCCGUGAUGCUCGCAGAGGAGGUUGCUCAAGUGGGCCUCUUCAAUCGCAGCGUCACCGAUCCUAACUUCAAACUGCCGCCGGAGAUGCACCCGUGGGCCGAGUACAGCAGCGCGGUGAUUUACAACUACGACAAGCUGAAGGCCCAGGCGGCCACCGGACAAACCUCCGACGCGCUCAAGUUGGCCAGGAGCAGCCCCUACUGGGACGCGCUCUUCGCCAGCGUGGACAAUCAGGACGAGUUGGAAAGCCACCGGUUCGUGGACCACAUGGCUGACUGGUUGAAUUCGGCGAGCAACGACACCACCGGCAACGACACAAACGCCUCCAACUUCACCUACAGCAGCGGGGGUCGGCGUUUGGCCCGACGCAUGGGCACUCGCACUCCAGUGGCGGAAGAUGGCAGCUACUACGUGGAGAUCACGCAGGACGACUUGCAGCCCGCAGAUCCAGAGCAUCCUAUGCGGAAGCUCUCCAGUGCCGGGCGACGCUUGGAUUCCAGUGAGCCUGGCUGGAAGUACAAGGCUUGGGUGACCCCGGAGCGCAUCGAGAUUGAGGCGGAGGUGGGCGCGGCCACCUUGAAGUUUCUGGUCCAGUACUGCCACCUGCUGACCCCGACUCAAACCAACUGGGGCGCCUGUCAGACGGGGCGAGCCGGUGCCGGGGACAUCGUGAAGCUUGAGAGUUACUGCAGCGGCAGACAGAUCUUCUUCCCCUUCCCCAAGGUGUCUAUGGAGUUGGGUGGCCUGCUGGUCUACGACGACACGGCUGCCAUGGGCAUCGAAGCAGCCGCCGACAUGUUCAUGGCGCCUUUGGAGGGCCGAGACCGCGUGCUGGGACUGGAUGGCAGCACCUACAGGUGGUAUGACCGCUGCAAUGACCCGGGCUGCGUUCCGGGCUCGGGCAAGGAGAAGUGGCAGCUGAUCUCUGCUGAUGGGGGCAUUGGAGUGUUGGGCACUGACACGCGGUUCUUUAUCCGAAGCAGCUCAGGCCGCAACAUCCAGGACAACCGCGGCAACGUGCGGAGCACCACUAACACCGGGGGCUGGGAGAAGUUCCGCGUCUUGGACGCGGGGGGCGGCAAGGUGUACCUCAGGAGCCACCGGGGCGCCUACCUGGCCAUCUCCGAGGACAAGAGCGGCUGGAACAGCCUUGAGUGCAAGGUGACCCUGUACCGGGAUCGCAACUGCAGGGGCGGCACCAAGGUCGUAAGGAGCACCUCUGUGACGGGCUACCAACAAAACAACUGGGGUCGCCGACGCUGGGGCACCUCUGGCGAUGAGUGGAGGUCCGCGAAGGGCGAGGGACACUGCAACUCAGUCGAGUUCUACGAUGAGGAUGAGGAUGAGAGUGGCUACGAGGACAACGAGUGGCAAACCGGGAACUUUGGCUGCUUCAACUUCCCCGGCGACCUGGACGAGGAUGUGGGCGGCGUAAAGAUCUGGGCCGUGGGACCAGACCCACCCGUCUUCAACGGCAACCUGAUUCUGACCUGGACCAAGAACGACAAUGCCAAGUGGGUGCUCACGCAGGACGACAGCAAGGACAGCCCCGUCGUGUCCUUCGGUGACCCCUUGCUCUACGGGGGCCUCACUUUCGCCAAGGAGGUGGAGAUCAUUUGGGGCAUCGGCGCCUCUUGGACCACAGAGAUCGGCGCGGCGGGGGCCUACCACCAGCAGCACGGCUUGUACCUCGCCGAGAUCUACGGGAAGACCAUCCUCGAGAUCACUCCGGCACAGAUCUACCUGCUCCUGAAGUUCAACCCGACCGACCCCUGGGACACGAAGUACAAGAAGUGGAAGAUGUACGUCGGCGUGGGCUAUGAGCUCGACACCUGGUUGUACACCUUCAGAGAUGAGUACGAGAUUGACACGAGCGACCUGAAUUUCUGAGCCAAUGCAAAGGGGGGCCCGCCUGCCCGCCUUUGCAGGCAUGCUCCUGAGCCACGGCCAGGGCUCCCACACCAUUUGGCACAGAGUCGGAAGAGAAAUCUUUGGGCACCGAGCGAUCUCGACCGAAUGCAUCAUGCAUCCCAAACCAGGUCUGAUCCUCUCGAGUCAACUCAGACUGCUCAGGGUCUACUUCUGGCAGCCAAGUGCGGAGUCUGGUUGCCAGCGCUCAUUUUGUUUGAAGUUCUGAAGGUGACUGCAUUUUCACCGCCGCAGUCCCACCUGCACAACGAACUUUUCGGCCUACCCGUUUUUGCUCUCGCCUGCCCAGGGGGGGGGGGGUUGCGGCGCAUUUGGGAACA